AUGGCGGAUGACGUAGGCCAGCAACAAACUACCAAUACUGUAGAAAAGCCCCUGGAUCUCAUCAGGCUCAGCCUGGAUGAGCGCAUUUAUGUGAAAAUGAGAAAUGACAGGAAGCUUCGAGGCAGAUUACAUGCUUAUGAACAACAUUUAAAUAUGAUAUUGGGCAAUGUGGAAGAAAUUGUGACUACUAUAAAAAUUAAUGAAGAAACAUAUGAAGAGAUACAUAAAUCGACAGAACGGAAUAUUCCCAUGCUCUUUGUCCGGGCAGAUGGUGUUGUACUAGUUGCCCCUCCAUUGAGAGUUGGCUGA